AUGCUUAAAUCACGAAUCUCGAUAAUACCAAUAACAAGAAUUGUCCCCAAGAAAAAGAGCACCCGCUUGUUGAAGAAACAUAUUUCAACUUCACAUAUUGGAUUUUAUAAACUAGGAUUUAACUUCAGGAUCAAUCUGACGCGUGUUUCUGCAGGUCCAAAGAUUAUGACAGAUAACGGGUUAGAUCUGACUUUUUUACGAAUUUUGGAUAAUGAAGAUCCAUUUACUGAUAGUGAGACGAGAGAUUCGAAGAUUGUAUUGAGUGAAGAUUCACAUCUUCACGGGUCUCAGAAAAGAAUAUUUCUGCCACACCAAGGUGUGGUAUGUUCCACGCCUCGCUUAGAGAAACCCAAAGAUGUUUCUCCUAUUAAAGAAGACCUACUAUCGUCUACGUUUGAAUCGAGUGAUAUAGAUGAUGAUUUUAUCGCAGCGAUGGAGGCAGCAGAAAGUACUUGUCCACAACGAACUGCAUCAACCCCAAAGAUGAGAAUGAAUACUCGAAGAUAUAGCAGGAGGGACAGCACACGAAGUAGUCUGUCGGGAACACCGACUCAAGUUACAAAGAAACUCAAGACAUGUACAUAUAUCCAAACUGCAUCACAAGGCGCUACUCCUAUGAUGCAAGAAUCAGAUACAGGGGUAGACAUAAUGAAACCUAAUGUGGGAUGCUCUUCACCAUUAACAAAAUCCCCGCUGCCACCCCCACCACCAUCAAUCUCACAAGUGAGGAAUCCAUUUCGUGUUCCAACUCAAUUCCAAAGAUUUUAUUCCACUACUAGUGUCACUGAUCAAAAGAGAGGCAAUAUGGGUCAAGAUUCAGCUUCACAUACAAUUGUAUUGGCAACACAGCAUUUGUCUAAGCAGUUAAAACCGCCGGAUACACAAGAAAAGCAACAGAAACAAUUACAGGUUGACGCAAAGAACGUGAAACCAAUCAUACUUUCCCAUGAACAAGAAUAUGUUUUGAAACAAGUAUUGCAGGGUGUUUCGUUGUUUUUCACCGGUCCUGCAGGUACUGGUAAAUCUGUUUUAUUAAGAAGUAUUAUCAAGUCGCUACGUUCGAAACGAUCUCGUGGGAUUGCUGUGACUGCGUCCACUGGUUUAGCUGCAUGUAAUAUCGGUGGUAUCACGUUACACAGUUUUGCCGGCAUUGGGUUAGGUCAGGGUUCAGUGGAUUCUUUAUACAAGAAAGUAAGAAGAAACAAGACAGCUUUCAAGAGAUGGCAAGAGACAAAGGUACUAGUUAUUGAUGAAAUUUCCAUGGUUGAUGGCAAUCUCUUGGACAAGAUGAAUGAACUAGCUAAGAAGAUACGCAAGAGUAAUGCGCCGUUUGGAGGAAUUCAGUUAGUCGCGUGUGGAGAUUUCUAUCAAUUGCCACCAGUGGUGAAGAGUCACGAAUCAGAAAGUGAGGAAAUCCAUUUUGCAUUUGAGUGUGGAGCCUGGUCAGAAGCCAUCACACAAACAAUUACAUUGAAGGAAGUGUUUCGACAAAAGGGUGAUUCUACAUUUAUUAACAUGUUGAAUGAAAUGAGGGAUGGAAUGAUCAACAAGGAGUCCAUUGUAAGAUUCCAGCAAUUAGAAAGACCAUUGAAGUGUCCUGAAGGAUUUGUACCUUCAGAACUCUAUGCCACUCGUUAUGAAGUAGACAAUGCCAAUAGAAAGAAACUUGCCAAGAUUGAUGCCGAAGAGGUCAUUUACAAGGCGAAGGAUAGUGGGACCCUACCGCCAAAGAUUUUGGAGCAAAUGGUUUCGAAUUUUUUAGCUCCGCAGGUCUUGCAAUUAAAAGUAGGCGCACAGGUGAUGCUAAUCAAGAAUAUAAAUGCUCAACUUGUUAACGGAAGUCUUGGUAAGGUUGUUGGAUUUGUCGACAGAGCUACGUUAUCUGAAGGUGAUUCUGUCUUUCUGGAGUUUAUGACUACCAAGCAAUUGAGUAGUAGUAAUGGUGCUGAUGAGAGGAAGAGGAAACACAUGAGCAAGAUGAAGGACGAUUCUUUAUUUCUGAAGUUGCCCGUAGUGAAAUUCAUUACCAUGCAAGGUACCACACAAACAGUUAUAGUGGAUGUUGAGAGUUGGAGUACCGAGGAUGUUGAAACCGAGAGUAUUCUUGCCAAAAGAAUUCAAUUACCAUUGAAUUUAAGUUGGUCAUUGAGUAUCCACAAAUCUCAAGGUCAAUCAUUGUCAUAUGUUAUUGUUGAUUUCAAAAAAAUCUUUGCUGCUGGUCAAGCUUAUGUAGCUCUUUCCAGGGCGGUGUCAAGAGAUGGUCUUCAGAUUCUAAAUUUUAACCCAAACAAAAUUCAUGCUCAUCCUAAAGUGAUCAAGUUCUAUAAAAGCUUAUCCACUGUAUAG